ACGUCCUGCCCCGCCGGAAGUGAAGGUGUGGGUUCAGCCGCGGGCUCCGAGCGGGUGAGGCGCGAGGAAACACCGGCGCCGAGAAUCGGUGGGGGCGGGGGGCGGACGCCGCAGCUGGGGCCAUUUGAGGGGAGCCCCUGGGACCUAAAGGGCGUUUGUCAGGCGCCCCUGCCCGGAUGGCAGCAGUAGUUCUAGGGGGAGACACCAUGGGCCCCGAGCGUAUCUUCCCCAAUCAGACUGAGGAACUAGGGCCGCACCAGGGCCCUACGGAAGGCACUGGGGAUUGGAGCAGCGAGGAGCCUGAGGAAGAGCAGGAGGAAACGGGGGCAGGCCCAGCUGGCUACUCCUAUCAGCCCCUGAACCAAGAUCCUGAACAAGAGGAGGUGGAGCUAGCACCGGUGGGGGACGGAGAAGAUGUAGUUGCUGAUAUUCAGGAUCGGAUCCAGGCCCUGGGGCUUCAUUUGCCAGACCCACCAUUAGAGAGCGAGGAUGAAGAGGAGGAGGGAGCUACAGGAUUGAGCAAUCACAGCUCUAUUCCCAUGGACCCGGAACAUGUGGAGCUGGUGAAAAGGACGAUGGCUGGAGUAAGCCUGCCUGCGCCAGGGGUUCCUGCCUGGGCUCGGGAGAUAUCAGAUGCCCAGUGGGAAGAUGUGGUACAGAAGGCCCUUCAAGCCCGGCAGGGUACCCCAGCCUGGAAGUAACUAGCCUGAGAGCUGCCUUAUCUCCCUGCAUUCCAGGCCAGAACCAGCACAGGACUGAACAUAGCCGUGGUUGUAACGUCCAUCUCCAUCUUUCUCAUCUCCCUUUCCACAUCAAGGCAAAUCAGACUUCUUCUCAGAGACCCACUUUAUUCAGUUCUGUACAUAUGGGGACAUCGGCCCAAGCCCAGCCCAUCUUAGCAUGUAUCACUCUGUGGAGAAUAAAGCACCCUAUGUACACAGCCAAAA